CUAGGCAUGCAGACUGCUUCUAUAAACAUUUGUGAAAGAAUGGGUCGCUCUCAGGAGCUCAGUGACUCCAAGUGUGGUCCUGUGAUAGGUUGCCACCUGUGCAAUAAGUCCAUCUGUGACAUUUCCUGGCUACUAAAUAUUCCACAGUCAACUGUUAGUGGUAUUAUGACAAAGUGGAAGCAACUGGGAACAAUAGUUAUAACAAGCACGCUGCCACUGGACUAUAGAGCAGUGGAGAUGCGUUCUCUGGAGAGACCAAUCAUGCUAUUCUGUCUGGCAAUCCAAUGGACAUGACUGGCAGUUUCUAGGAGAAUGGUACUUGACUGACUGUAUAUAA